AUCAUGAGCAUGAGAUUAAGUUUAUUCCCCAUACGUAUGUAGUAGCUGUUCUUUGUAUAUCAUUCAGUCUCUUCAAGGGUGUAUGAUAACAUAAUAGGCGAUUGGCAAAAAUUAUAAUGGUGGUAUUUAUAAUUCGUAAAUUGUAUUGUAUGAUGAAUUUUCUAUCGUGAAAAGUUAUACUGAAAAGUAAAUAAUUUUACAGACUCAGACUACCUCUGAAAGUACCGUAGUCGAUUUAUCGGUAGUUGACUUUGAUCGUCCGAUAAAUUAUUUGACAAGCGAAAUACGUUACAACGAAGAAGUAAAUCGCGAAAAAAAUUCAAAUGACUGCAUAGUGAAUCUCACCUCACCCAAGCCCGCACCUGUCGAUCAAGUCAACAGUCCUCAAUCUCUCGUAAACGAAAAUUCAACAAUGUCCAACUACGCUGAUAUUGUACAAAAAUCGCGUGAUGCAUUUUUAAGUGGCAAAACACGCCCAUUGGAGUGGAGGCUGAGGCAACUGAAGGCAUUUGUGCGAAUGAUUGAUGAAAAUCUAUCAUUGUUGCAUGCAGCUCUUACAGCAGAUUUGAGGCGUUGCAAGUAUGAAAACGUUGUUCUGGAGUUGCAAUUUACAAAAAAUGAGACUUUACAUAUGAUUGAAAACUUGAAAGAAUGGACAUCACCUGAAAAGCCACCAAAAGGACUUGUCAAUAUUUUGGAUGAGGUCAAAAUAUUUAAAGAUCCAUAUGGAGUAGUGCUCGUAAUAGGGGCAUGGAAUUAUCCUAUCCAACUUUCAUUGGUUCCCAUGAUGGGUGCUAUUGCUGCUGGAAACUGUGUUAUCCUUAAACCUUCAGAGGUUGCUCAGUCAUGUGCGAAAAUAAUUGCUGAAUUAGUCCCAAAAUAUUUAGACAAUGAUUGCUGUCAAAUACUAUUGGGUGGUGUUAAUGAGACAACAGAGCUGUUAAAGGAAAGGUUUGACUAUAUUUUUUACACGGGAUCAACAUCAGUUGGAAAAAUAGUUCGAGAUGCUGCCAACAAACACUUGACUCCGGUGACCCUUGAGCUUGGUGGAAAAAGCCCAGUUUACAUAGAUAGCACUGCAGAUAUCCCUAUAAGUGUCAAGCGGCUUUUGUGGGGAAAGUUUAUUAAUGCUGGUCAGACCUGUGUAGCUCCUGACUAUGUGUUGUGUACCCCUGAAAUUCAAGACAAAAUUCUGCUAGAAGCAAAGAAGGUACUAAAGACAUGGUAUGGAGAAAACCCAAAAGAAAGCCCAGAUCUUCCUCGGAUCGUCAGUGAUCGUCAUUUUCAACGUCUAGUCAGUUUCCUGUCCGGAAAUGGUAAAGUGGCUAUUGGCGGAGAAACAGAUGCUGCUGAAAAAUUCAUUGCACCAACAAUAUUGGUUGAUGUUAAAGCUACAGACCCAAUCAUGCGUGAGGAAAUAUUCGGACCAAUUUUGCCAAUUGUUACCAUUUCCAAUGCCUAUGAAGCUAUUAAGUUCGUGAAUAGCCGGGAGAAGCCAUUGGCGAUGUAUAUAUUUAGCGACAAUAAAGCAGAUGUGUCUUUGAUUUUGGAAAACACAAGUAGCGGUGGUGUCUGUGUGAACGAAACUGUCUUACACCUUGCAGUUGAAACAUUGCCAUUUGGCGGAGUUGGAAGCUCUGGUAUGGGAAACUACCAUGGAAAGUACACUUUUGAUACAUUUGUGCACAAAAAAGGUGCUCUUAUAAAAUCAUUCAAUGGUUUGGGAGAAGCCAUCUCGUCCUGUCGCUAUCCUCCCUACACAGACAACAAGCUCAAACUGCUCAACUUUUUGACGGCAAAGAGGCCAGAUAUCCCUGGAAUAAAAUACUUGCCCCAUGCUAUAAUGUUUGGCUUAGGAAUUCUUGUUACUAUUGGUUUUAAAGCAGCUCUCAAGCACUACAGCGGUGAUGAAGAAUAAAUUUAUCAUCGAAGAAGCAGCGUUCUUUACUCGUGGUUAGCUAUAUUCCUAAUAUUUACGGAUUAUUCAACGAGUAACUCGACCUCGUUUCUAAGGCUCUCACAAUCGUACGCACUCUCACGUGAAAAGACUAGUAUUUUUGAUACUAUAAAGGAUUAUACCAAAAUAUUUCGCCUUCUCUUAUACCCACAAUCAUGUUACACGGAUGCUAAUAUAUCGACGAAAAAUUACAAAAUGCGGAGUCCGAUUCCAAUCGAUCGUUCCAUCUCAUAAAUAUGAGAUGUGAAUGCAUGGUAUCUGUUCUCUUUUUUCAUCAAAGAACAACCAAUUGUAUGAGCAACAUCAUAAAACCGAUUGAUUCUUCAUUGAAAUGACACGUUGUUAUCGUGUAAUAUUAUUUUACACUAUUUUAUUCGUAUGUAUUAAGUGAAAUUUAUUUGUCUAUUCUUUUAAUUUGUUAUAGGUCUUUGUAAUUUUUCAUUUGAUAAUUAACCGAAUGUACAUAUAUACAUAUAUUUUAUGCUAUGAACUUUACCGUUCACCACAUCACAAAAUUACUGUAACUUUCAUUAUUUAAGUAUAUUUAAUUAUCGACGGAUGAAAUAAUACGAUCGUUGUAAUAAUGAUUUGUACCCUGGUCAAAUUUUCUGUUAUUGUUAUUAUUAUUAUUAUUAAUAUUAUUAUUAUUAAUAUUGUUGCUAUUAUUUUCUUGAAUGAUUUCUGGAACGGGCUGUAAGUAUAGUGAAAAUUAAAUUUUUUUGUUAAUUUUA